AUGGCAGAACGCUCUCAAGUAUAUGAUGACGAUGAGAUGUCUGUUGCGUUACCCGAUGCUCCAGAUAAUUCUCCUAGCGAGGAAGAAGAGAGCGAAGAGAACAUGGAGAGUGGUAGCGACAAGGAAGAGAGCGAUGUGGAAAUGGAUGACAGGUUUACCCCUGAAGGUGGUGGAAGGAACGAAGCAGCAUACGUUGAGGGAUGGGAUGAGGAUGCCAUAUAUGCAUUGGCGAUACAAUACAGAAGACAUAAGAAGAAAUUCUGGACGAAAAUCGGCGAGCAGCUGGGCUUUCCAUGGCGCGAGGUCGAAAGGAUGCACUUCGAAAUAGGCAAAGAGGGCCUAUCGUCAAGAGCCAACGAGGCUUCACGAAAUCCCACCACCAGUGAUCGCAUAAUGGAGGUUCUCAAAGAAAUAGACUACUUUCGCAGUAUAUUCUAUUAUGAGAUGGAUGAGCCUCGCGAACCGCUGACAUACCCUCGAUUACUUGAUGCCUUAGCUGGAAUAUCGAUAAGCACAACAGCCUUGAUAGCACAAAUAGAGGCUUCUCCUGGCCCCUGGAGCCCCCGUAUUAUUGGGUUAAUGGAAGGGAUGGUUCAUGAUCUGUGGAUAUUGGUGUCUGACGAGCUUGCUGGAGCGGAUUGGAACCCAAACGUGGGGCCUUGGUAA